UGGAAACGUACUGGCCCUGGUCGAUCGAGGGCGGUGGCCCAUGCAAACACGACACGUAGGACCAAUAGGACCAGGCAACUCUGGACCUAGUUUUUCGGUGCGUCGAGUGCAGUGAAGGAUACUUUCUAGGAGGGAAUACCGGACAACAUCCAAAGUCUGGGAUCUCCGCCUCACCAGGAGACGUGAGCUGGCCCAUCAUGGUGAGCUGACCCAGGUCAGCGGUCGGAGCGCCACUGUCAGCUUGACCCACCGCCACCCCGCGGCGCCGGCCUGAGCACCAUGCCUCGGGAGAGGCGGGUCAAGUUCGACCGGCUGGCCACCGCCGAGGCCGAGGAGGACCAGGACCGCGGCAUCGAGUUCACCACGCCUCGGCGGCCGCGACCGCCGUACCACCGAUAUGCGGCCGACAAUGACGCCAUGGACGAGAUGGAGAACAUGUUCCGCGCGCCGGAGGAGCGCACCGACUUCGCCUCCCUCGUCACCGAGGAGACUGAGGUCAAGCCGGCCAAGCGCUUCUCCGAGGAUGACUUCCAAGGACACUUCCGCGAAAACCAGUACGCCAAACCGCAUGAGCCGCUGAAGCCUGUCGCUACAAAGAAAAAGAAGAAAAAGUCCGAGGAUGAGUCUGGGAAAAAGGAGGAGCCGAGCCGCGCCGGCCAGCCCAGCAUCCCGGAGGACGGCGACGAGCCGGACGAGGACGAGGACGAGCCGUCCGCCGAGGCGCCUGGGCAGCCCCGCCAGGUGCCGACUCUCGUUGUCACGGACGAGGCGCCCCAGGUGGACGGCCGCGGCGCCUACGCGCCCGACGCCGACGACAAAGACAGCCGCGUCCAAUUCGAAGUCGGUCAAGACCCCGGCGAGGAGGAGGAGGAGGCGGGCGCGGCGACCGCCUCGCCCGGCCACCGGGAGCGCAAGCACCGCCGCCACCGACACGUGGAGGACCCGGCCGGCCGGCGGGUGCCGGGCUCGGAGCGGCGGCCGCGGCGCACUUCCACCGGCCACGGUCCGCUCGAUGACGAAGACGCCUCCGGCCAUCUGGACGACAUAUCCAGCCACCGUUUCGAGGAGGCCGGCCACCGGCGUCACAAGGUCAAAAAGAAGGAGGACCGCAAUAUCAUGAACGUGGUGCACCUCGGUGACAUCAACACGGGCCAGACCCUGCUGCUGGGCAAGAAGGAGUUCGACCACACGCCCCAUGACAUGUACGUGCAGAUGGACGAGCUGACUGCGACCGAGAACGAAUCCGAAUGGCAGGAGACGGCUCGCUGGAUCAAGUACGAGGAGGACGUUGAGCCGGGCGCCGACCGUUGGGGCAAGCCCCAUCUUACCUCGCUGUCCUUCCAGAGCCUCAUGAACCUGCGCCGCUGCCUCGAGAAGGGCACGAUCCUGCUGGACGUGGAGGAGCACGACUCGGUGGCCAUCAGUCACCGGAUCACCACCCAGCUGGUCAGCGACGACCACAUCAAGCAGCAGGACUUCGGCGCCGUCAUGCGUACGCUGCUGCUGCGCCGCCAGAACGUGGCCGACCACACCGCGCGAGGCUUGCGCAACUACAUGAGCAACCGCAACCUCUCCCGCAUCACGCUCCAGAGCCUGGCCGACAUGCGCAACAACAGCUCGGCGCGGUCGCUCUCGGACGCCGGCAAGGACAAGUCGCGCAAGAACUCGCUGUCGGUCAUGUCCUCGUCGCACGGCCAGAUCCCGCGCCACAACUCGCUCAAAUACCACCCUGGCAGACCGCGACCGCUCAACAACAUCGGUGGCGAGAGCAUCACCAGCAACGAGGACCUGCGCCGCUUCAUGGCGCACCACAACAUCCUGCGCCGCCUGGCGCCCGGCACCGAGGCCUUCAGCGUUAACGUGGGCCGCGUCGACUUCGCCGAGGGCCCGGUGGCUGCCUUCGUCCGCCUGGCGGAGGGCACCUACCUGCCGGGCAUCACAGAGAUGCCACUGCCCGUUCGUUUCAUCUUCUUCCUGGUGGGGCCGCACGACGCGUUCGAGGACUACAACGAGACGGGCCGCGCCUUCGCCACGCUCAUGUCCAGCCCGGCCUUCCACGAGGCGGCCUACAAGGCCGAGGGCCGCAACGACCUGAUGUGGGCCUUCAAGGAGUUCCUGGACGACACGCUGGUGCUUCCACCUAUCGACUGGACCGCCAACCCGGACGUGCUGGACGUACACGAGCUGCAGUUGCGCUCGCGCGAGAUUCAGGAGCGUAAGCGGGAAAAGCUGGCGCUGCUGGAGCGGCGUCGCGAGGGUUCGACAUCCGGCGCCUGGGGCGCAUCGGGACCCGCUGGCGACGGCGGCGCGGCCGGUGACGGCGGCCCGCCACCUCCCGGCGACAAGGAGAAGCUCGAGUUGGUGGACGACCCGCUGGUGCGCCAGGGCCGGCCGUUUGCCGGCUUCAUCCGUGACAUCAAGCGGAGGUAUCCGUUCUAUCUGUCCGACUUCAAGGACGGCUUGAGCGGCGCCGUCCUCUCAGCGGCAUUCUUCAUCUUCUUCGCGGCGCUGGCCGGCGCCAUCACGUUCGGCGGCCUGAUGAUGGACAAGACCGAGCUGCAGAUCGGCAUCUCGGAGACGCUCAUCUCCACCUCCAUUGCGGGAAUCGUCUUCGCGCUCCUGUCUUGCCAGCCGCUCAUCAUCAUUGGCACGACCGGGCCGGUGCUCCUCUUCGACGAGGCGCUCUUCCAGUUCGCCGAAUCGAACGGGCUCGAGUUCCUGCCGAUGCGGGUCUGGAUCGCCAUCUGGAUGCUGGUCAUCAGCCUGAUCCUGGUCGGUCUGGAGGGUUCCGUGCUCGUCAAGAAGUUCACCCGCUUCACCACCGAGAUCUUCUCGUCGCUCAUUUCGAUCCUCUUCAUCUUCGAGUCGCUGGCCAAGCUUGCUACGGUCUUCAUCAACCAUCCGCUGCUGGCCAACUACUGCGCUGACCCGCUGUUCCUGCGCUCGCUGUCUCUGAUCGUGCCGGGGCUGGAGAGCACCGAGCCGGAGAACGGCACCACCCAGCUCAACAGCUCGGCUCCGCUCGACGGCUCGGAGCGGACCGAAUGGAGCAACGGCUCAGCGCCGCUACUGGACGCCCCGCUCACCGCUCCCAAGAACCAGCCGAACACGGCGCUCCUCUCGCUGCUGCUCAUGUUCGGCACGUUCGCCAUCGCCCAGUACCUGCGCUUCUUCCGCAACAGCAAGUUUCUGGGCCGGCGCGUGCGUCGCAUGCUGGGUGACUUCGGCGUGCCCAUCGCCAUUCUGCUGAUGGUCGGCGCCGACAUGCUGAUCCCGCAGGUGUUCACCCAGCGGCUGGAGGUGCCGUCCGGCCUGACGCCGUCCGAUCCGGACCUGCGCGGCUGGUUCAUCUCGCCUCUCGGCCUGCGCCAGGGCACCUCGUGGGUGGCGAUCGUCGGCGCGCUGCCCGCUGCCGGCCUCAUCUUCAUCGUCAUCUACAUGGAGACGAUGGUGUGCGAGCUGAUCAUGGCCAAGCCCGAGCGCAACUUGCAGAAGGGCACCGGCUUCCACGUCGAUAUCGUGCUGAUCUCGCUGAUAAACCUGAUGUCGGCGCUGAUCGGCGCGCCCUGGAUGUGCGCCGCCACCAUCCGCAGCGUCAGCCACGCCGCCGCGCUCACCGUCAUGUCCUCCACGUACGCGCCCGGCGAGAAGCCCAAGAUGAUCGGCGUUUACGAGCAGCGGCUGUCGGCGCUCCUCGUCUCCAUCCUGCUGGGCCUGUCGGUGGCGCUGUCGGCCGUGCUGGGCAUGAUCCCGGUGGCCGUGGUGUUCGGCGUGUUCAUGUACAUGGGCGUGUCGUCCAUGUCGGGCGUGCAGAUGCUGGAGCGCUGUGUGCUCUUCCUCAAGCCGGUCAAGCACCAUCCAGACGAGAACUACGUGAAGCGGGUUCGCACGUGGCGCAUGCAUCUGUUCACGGUUAUCCAGCUGGCCUGCCUGGGCGGUCUGCUGGGCAUCAAGUUUACGCCGGCCGCCAUCGGCUUCCCCUUCUUCCUGGCGCUGCUGAUCCCGCUGCGGCUGGUCGUGCUUCCCAGGCUGUUCACGCCCGUGGAACUGUGUGCGCUGGACGGCGAUGGCGAGAUGGAGCCGGCCGAGGACGCCGACUUCUACGAGGAGGCGCACACAAUGCCGGCGGCGGCCUCGGCGCCCAACUUCUACAACAACAGCAGCCUGCAGCUGCUGCGCGUGCCGUCCUCGCUCAACCCCAAGGUGUGACGUCACCGUGACUUCACACGACGGCCGGAGAUCCCGGCGGAGGCGCCGCGGCGGUCUGCACGCUUCCAGCUUGAUUAUGUGACGGCGGCGGGCCGGAGGCAGCGGCUGAACUGUGCUUUGUGAGUGAUGGAGGUGCUGUCACGCACGGAACGGGGGCGAGCGAACCGAACGCUGCCGAACGCGCCGAGAGACGCUUCACGUGCUGCGAGAGAGAGAGAACGCACGCGUCGCCGAAAGUGCCUGCCCUGCGCUCCGAGAUGUACAUUAAGACAUAUGCAUAUACAUGGUUAUUAUAAAUGAUAUUUUCACCCGUUGGAUCGAUUUGAUUAAUAUUGCGUGUGCGAGUGUCCGAGCUUGGCGCCCAGGGUGUGCCGUGGGCGGGAGGGGCAUGGGCCGACCGGGUCUACCGCACGCUCGAGGUCGACUUGGCAGCGGGAGGCGUGUCCCGUGGGCCUUCCAUGCGGGUUGUGAUCUUGUUGGAUGGACGCGCGCGCCUACCGAGUGAGGGCGCGGGGGACGGACGUUUGCGUGGACUGGCGAAGGACGCGGGGACGGGUGCGCGCGUUGCGAGGCCCAGGGAACGUGAGGCCAGGAGCGCGAGGAACAGCUCGGCGCCGGCGUCUGGUGAGCCGAAGCGGCUGCCCGUGGCGCAGACCGCUGGGCACGCUCGGUGUGACUUCUAUAGACAUAGGCCGGUGGGCGCGGUCGACGCCCACUCGUCAGGAUCAGCUUUUGUACCCGAUUGUGUCUUGGAGGGACGCCGCCUCUGCGGUGGCGCUCGGCCACGUGCGGGCUCUGCGCCUGCAGACUCGCCGCGGCGCAGCGGCGGACGGCGGGCCGUCUCCGCCAGGGGGGCGCCCGCCGGCUGAUGGCUGCCUACGGAGCGAAUGGACGGCGCUGAAGCGUCCGUGUGUGUGGCAGUAGAGUAGUGGCGCUGCUGCGCCGGUCGGCCGGCGCGUAUCGCGCGACGCUGUGCGGCGCGCCGGCGUAGAGCUACCGACGCGUGUGAGAGGUGAGAGGGUGAGCUCCGGCUACGGAACGCGACAAAUACACCUUCUUACAGCAGCCA